AUGAAUCCGUGGGCAAGUCCUUGGGCGGACGAGGCUGAAACGCCCUCAGCUGGGCCGACAUCCACGGUGAGCACAAGCUCUCCUCCGAUCGUGCUUGAGUCAAAAGAGGAUGUUUUGCCUAUCGUGCCGCCUGUUAGUUUGGACGUGGACCCAUGGAGCGCUGUGCCCGUGUCGUCUGAGCCAGCGAUACCUGCUGUCGCGGAUGAGCGGCUUUCGACCGAUGUGCAUAUAAAGGACCUAAAUAAACCGAGUGCAACGUGGAAUUUAUCGAUGGAACAGGCUCCUGAGCCGACGGCAGACGAUGCCCAUUUGGCAUCGCUCACUUCUGCCUCUUUAAUGAUGCAUGAGAACGUGUGGAACGAGGGCGAUCCCAUGCCGAGAAAUGAUGGCUCUACGGAAUCAGAUAAGCCAGAGGAAAAAGAGGAUAACAUAGCAAGUCUCGCGCAGGAUGCAGAACGCCACGAGCCAGCCACUGUCGCCUCAGCUGAAGCCGAUGACCCUGCGCAAGAUACCACAUCGCCGGCACCAGGUCAAUCCGAGCUUGUCCAGCAAGACGAAAAGCCACAGCUACCAUCACAUGGAACCAGCCCGUCUGACACUUCAGGUACCCAUGUGCUGCCGACCACAUCACAAGAUACCACUGACUCUACCGCAACCAUGGCUACGACGACAAAAAGCAGUGUCGGUUCGGCAAUUUCUCGGUUAGGAUCCCGCAUGACAGAAUGGCGACAAGCACGCGCAGCAGCAGCGCAGGAAGCUAAAAAAGCAGCCGAAGCCGAACAAGCGCAAGGUUGGAAACGUGUGACGCCGCCCACCCGACCUAAUGCGGCAAACACGCCGUCAACAGCAGCAGCAAGCCGGAUUAGUGGUUGGUUGAAGCGUUCGACCAAGUCAUCGACGCUAUCAGACAAAUCACCUGGUACGUCAUCACAAGCCGAGCAACCAAGCAAGACGUCGUUGGAAGCACAAGACACUCAGCCUGGAGUAUCAACGCGCGUAUCAGUGACAUCGCCCAACUUUCAGACCGCUCCACCUAUGCGAUCAGAGCUCGCACCGACUCAAGGCGCUAGCUCGACGCUAAAUGCAGACGACUUGGCGUGGCUCGAUGCUGCUACAACGAAAAAGGCACCCUCAACCACUCGUCCUUCUCUAAUGAGUGGAGCCUAUGAUCCAGCCCCGCUCUACGAUGACCCCUAUGAAGACACGCGCGGACCUAUCUCUGAUGCUGAUACUAUUGUGCAUCAGCCUGACGGCUACGAUCCUUACAGAUACGAUCCUGAUGACACGGACGAAUUUGGCGACAUCCAGGCAUAUACAGACGACGAUCGGGGAGCCGCGACGUUGUAUGAUGCUCCAUAUUCACCAAAACCUGGUCCGUUCGUCCAUCGCGGUGGUGGCGAACAAUAUGGAAGCCUCGAAACGAUGGUUGCACUGCAGUCAUCGUAUAAGGAUGAAGAGCCUGUCAUACCACAGAACAAGGCAGCUCUUCCUCCAGCAUUACCGCUGCCGCCACCACCAGCACCAGCAUCGACAGCAAGGACGACGAAUAGAAAAGCAGCCAGCGACAGCAAGACGCCUCGCGAUGCUACUACAGCUGCUCCUGUGGACUUGCUUCUAGAUGCAUCACCACCGCCACCGUCACAGAUCUCUGCACCUCCCUCCUUUACGAGCACGAAGACAACGAAUAGCUCAACGCUAUCCACAAAACCCCCUCCUCCUCCGACCACCACCUCCACGACUUCCUCCCAAAGUAAACUCACGCAUGCCGACCUGGACUUUUUACGAGAAUUUCUAGGUAUAUAUAUAGAUAGAUUGCUUGCAUUGAUUGAUUGCAUAUAUAUAGGUAGCAAGUGCCACUACUUCUUCCCUUUUGACCUUCCUUUGAAGAGGACAUGUCGUUUGACUGCCGUGAGCAGGGCUGCGAAAAAAAAAACCACGUACCCACAGGAUCGUAUUUCAUCAGACUAA